CGUCUUUUUCUCCCCAGGGUUCUCCAGCUGUUAGUUCUCCGAUUGGCUGCAAAGCAAGGGGCCGGUCUUAAAGGCAUAGCUGCGGUUUGCAAAACGAGUAUUUAACCUCCGAACCAAACAGGCAUUUAGCAGCGGAAGCGUUUCUGAAUUUUUUUUUAUUGCAACCAGGCGCGCCAAUUUCUAAAGCUGGAGAGACAGAAAGGACGCUAUUAAGAGGAAGGAAAGUUGGACAGUCGCAUAUCUGUGCCACCACGGCACUAAUUUUACAGGUACAGGCAGCUGGAUAAAUGCCUCCGAAAGGGAAGAAAAGAGGCCGAGCAGCCUUGACAGCUCCAAAAGAACCUGAUUUUAAAGAUGCCAGAUCUGAGCUGCAGGGGGAGAGCAAGAGACCCAAAUCGCAGAGAGUCGAGAUGAAAAGCCUUGCAACCGGAAAUGUUGCGGAAACCUCCGGGGUAGAAGCCCGUGCUGAGCAGGACAGAAACAAGAGAGUCCACACCCAUUGGCUAAUGAAAUCUGAACCCGAGAGCAGGUUUGAGAAGGGUGUAGAUGUGAAGUUUGGCAUUGAAGAUUUAAAAGCUCAACCCAAUCAGACAGCAUGCUGGGACGGAAUCAGGAAUUACCAGGCACGGAAUUUCCUGAAGGAUAUGAAAGCUGGCCAGGAAGCCUUCUUCUAUCACAGCAACUGUAAAGAGCCCGGGAUUGCUGGCAUCAUCAAGAUAGUGAAGGAGGCGUAUCCCGAUCACACCCAGUUUGAAAAGAAAGAUCCUCACUACGAUGCUUCCAGCACCAAAGAGAAACCCAAGUGGUUCAUGGUGGACAUCCAGUUUAUGCGAAUGACCAAGCGGUUCAUCCCUCUGGCCGAGCUGAAACUUCACCACCAGGCGCACAAAAUCUCCGGAGGGCCCCUGAAAGAUGCGGCUCUUUUCACCAGGCAGAGGCUCUCGGUCCAGCCGCUGACGGAUGUUUGCAUUCAUUUUGAGCCUGGAAGAGGAAAAGCACUGAGAGAUGCACCAAAUUGCUAUCGCUUUGGCUGAGCUGAUGCUGCAAAAAAACCAACCCCCCAAAAACCAACCCAGUUUGCUCCUGAACAACAGUGUGCCUUUUUAACUGGAGAGGUGAACUUCGAAACCCACCAAAGCCCGGUUAUAGCUGCAUUUGUUAUCUGUGGCCUUCUGUUUUGUCUGCUUUAAAUUACAUUUUUAAUAUA